ACCUAUUGUACCAUGCAGUCACAUGUGUGGCGUGGACAUAAGCUUCAUCGCACACGCGCGUGCGCUUAGUAAAAGCUCGUUUCGUCUAUAAAAUACAAACCUCGUUCCUUUUUCUCUCAUCCCCUCCCUGCAGUAUUCAAAUUUCCGUUACUACUCCCGCCAAUUUUCAACCGCAUGUCCGCUUCACCACCACUCCCUCUCCCUCCUCACACUCUCCCUCGUUCUCGCCACCCACAAAAUGACCAAAAUGCCCCUUGGAUUCCAACCCCCCAACUCCUCUCCGAAUACCCUUUUCUCCGCCAUAUCCGUUCCUGCAACUCCAUCAAACACCUUAAGCAAAUUCAUGCCCAAUCCAUCGCAUCCGGAGCCAUCCACGACAACUUUGUCGCAUCCCGUAUCCUCUCUUUCGCCGCUCUCUCCCCCAACGGAUCUCUCCCGUACGCCCGCCACCUGUUUGAUCAAAUUCCCAAACCCGAUGCCUUCAUCGCCAACACCCUCAUCCGUGGCUACACGUCUGGGCCCUGCCCAAUCGAUGCACUCCUAUUCUACAUCCAUAUUCUAGAAUCUUCCCUCCGUCUCGAUGCCCAUGCCAUUCCUCUCCUUCUCAAGGCAUGUUCUGAAAUACCUUCUCUUCCGUUGGGCAGAGCGAUUCACUCACAUGUUUUCAAAUUUGGUUGGGGCUCUCACAUCCCGCUUCUGAAUUAUCUUGUUUAUAUGUACUCCUCCUGCGGAUCGAUUGAUUCUGCAGAACUUAUUUUUAGCAGGAUGACAGAAUUUGAUGAUGCUUCAUGGAAUAUAAUGGUGGGUGGGUAUUUGAAAUGCGGGCUUUUUGAAGCUGCACGCCGGCUGUUUGAUGAAACGCUGGAGAGAGAUGUUGUGUCAUGGAGCGUGAUGAUUAACGGGUAUGUCCAGAGUAGCUUUUUCAAGGAGGCUCUGGAGCUGUUUAGAAAAAUGCUAGUUGAGAAAGUCGAACCCAAUGAGAGUGUGUUGGUGAAUGUCCUUUCUGCUUGCGCUCAUUUGGGAGCCAUGGAGCAAGGGAAGUGGAUUGAGGGAUAUGUGACGAAGAAGAAUGUAGGUGUCACCGUGCGGUUGGGAACUGCUCUUGUAGACAUGUAUUCAAAGUGUGGGUGUGUCGAGAGGGCACUUGAGGUUUUCAAUGAGAUGAAGGAGAAGAACGUACUGGCUUGGAGCGCAAUGAUCGGUGGGCUUGCAAUCAAUGGGCAUGGUGAGGAUGCAUUACGUCUGUUCUCUCAGAUGGAAAUGCAUGGAGUCAGAGCAAACAAUGUGACGUUCGUUGGAGUUUUAAAUGCGUGUAGCCAUUCAAGGUUGGUCGAUGAAGGAUCAAUUUACUUCGAUUCCAUGACAAAGGUGUAUGGGCUAAAGCCAAAUAUUCAACACUAUUGUUGUAUGGUUGAUCUUUAUGGUCGAGCUGGGUUGUUAGAUCGAGCACAAGAGGUCAUUAAAAGCAUGCCCAUGGAACCCAAUUCUGCCGUUUGGGGAGCUCUCGCUAAUGCUUGCAGGAUUCAUGGGAAUGCCCAAUUGGGCGAGCGAGUAGGAAAACAGCUUCUUGAGCUGGAGCCGGAUCAUAGUGGGCGGUAUGUCCUCUUAUCAAAUAUAUAUGCUGCUGAAGGGAAGUGGAGCGAUGUUGCGGUGCUGAGGAGAGAGAUGAAAGAACGUGGUGUUAGUAAGACGCCUGGGUGUAGCUUCAUAGACUUGAAAGGUACCAUUCAUGAGUUUAUUGCAGGAGAUAACUCACACCCGCAAAGCCAAGAGAUUUAUGCCAAAUUGGAAGAUAUAAGCAAAGAACUCAAGCUUGCAGGUCAUACACCCAACACUAGUGCAGUAUUGCUCGAUAUGGAUGAGGAAGAAAAGCAGACAGCGCUCUACCACCACAGCGAGAAGUUGGCAAUUGCAUUUGGGUUAAUUAAUAGUGAUCCGGGUGCAACCAUUCGAAUCACGAAGAACCUUCGUGUGUGUGAAGAUUGUCAUGCCGCUACAAAGAUGAUAUCAAGGAUUUACAAGCAUGAGAUUGUUGUGAGGGAUCGGAUCCGCUUCCACCAUUUCAAGGAUGGCUCAUGUUCGUGCAUGGACUUCUGGUGAAUUUCAGUGGAUUGGCUCUGCCAGCCAUGUUGAAUUACAGAAAGAAGCUAAGCUGACAUGUUGAAAAAAGACUGCAAACAGUAAGGGAACUUUAAUGACAUGGACUGACAGAUCAUCCUCAUCGUCGUUGUUGUCCUUGGGGCCUGCUAUCAUCAACUGCAUCACCGCCGUCAUCAUCAUUAUCAUAUCCUUAUCUCAGCUCCUGUAUAAGGAGCGAGGUAUUGUAAUGUAGCAGGUGCAUCCACUGUUGGUGUAUUCCACCGGCCCGUCCUUUGAAAGUAGUCAAGCUAGUUGAUAUGUCGACGAUCACCUGCUUCAUCUUCGUCAUCCUCAGGUGCAUGCUUUCCAAGUUAUCUAUGCCACCCUUCCCUUCAAUCAAACCAGUUGAAGGAUGACAUGUUGGAAUUUACAUGGAGAAACUCUAAGAAAUCCACUGGACUCAUUAAGGAGAAGCAGUAGAACCUGUGUGAAGCUAAUCUAUUCAUCAAGCAGGGCCAGAGAUAACAUGCCCCAAAAUCUGGCCAGUCAACUCAUCAGGUGGGGCCUCUCUGUAAAUUUAAUCAUUGAUCAGGACCACCCAUUCACCACAGCUGUUCUUUAAUGGGUUAGCAUGAAAAAAUGGCAUAAAUCAUAUACCAUCCAAACCUUCCCCUUUAUUGUGAUACCCCUCCAUUUGUCAUCAAUGUUCUUGACAGUUCAUUUUGUAGGCUAUUCAUCAGAUGGCUAGCGCUUUAUGCAGUCUGUUUGAUUUUUGCAA